AUGCCCUCUUACGUUAUCACCGGAGUUGCACGAGGUCUAGGUUGGGAGUUCCUAACCCAGACUUCCAGUGACGCGAAUAAUAUCGUCAUUGGAAUUGUUCGAAACAAGGCGGCAACCGAGAAAAGGGUUGCCGAAGAAUUGAGUGGACGGUCCAACAUUACCAUCUUGGAGGCCGAUGUGACCAAGUAUGACGCUGUAAAGAAAGCUGCAGCAGAUACUGCUACCAUUACUGGCGGGAGACUUGACUACCUCAUAGCCAAUGCGGCUUACCUUUCGGAAGCGGAUAACUAUACUAGCAUCGGCGUCUUAGGAAAAGAGCCUGAGCAGCUUACGGAAGAGUUCAACAAGUUAAUGGGCACCAAUGUCCUCGCCAACAUCCACCUGUACAACUUGUUCAUGCCGCAAAUUCUCAACGGAAAGGUCAAGAAGGUAGUUCUUAUCUCCAGUGGCAUGGGUGACAUUGAAAUGAUGCGCAACUACGACAUUGACAAUUCUCCGCUAUAUGCUACGAGCAAGGCGGCCAUGAAUAUGAUAACCGCAAAGUUCAGCGCUCAGUACAAGAAAGAUGGUGUGCUCUUCUUGAGCAUUUGCCCCGGCAUGGUUGAAGUGGGCCAUUACAACGACAUGACACCAGAGCAGGCGCAGAGUGUGGGACAAAUGGUGGAGAAGUUCAAAGCGUAUGCGCCAGAUUUCAAGGGCCCAGAUUUCCCACCCGAGGCCAUCAAAGCUGUUUUGUCUGUUGUGGAAAAGAGCAGCGUCGAGAAUGGUGAUGGUGGCGCUUACCUCUCCCACUUUGGUACCAAACGCUGGAUCUGAGCUAGUUGAGACGGUAUUUCCUCGAAACUACGUCGUGGGAAUGAUAAAUAUCGGAUCAUAAAUUAAAUCACUUCGCCCCUGUUUACGUUCCCUAUCACCGUAUGUACACCGGAACAAGCGCUGAAUCUGACGCACAUCUCUGAUAAGGGUCAGAAGUAGCAGAUUGAUAAAAGGGCAAUAUGCAUGAUUUCCCAUUCCAGCCCAGGGGUAUAUACCUACAACAAUCAGGCAGGCCGCACCAGUUCGACGCAGCACUUGUUCCACCUAACCCAGCCCAGCUGACUGUGCGAAGUACAUAAAAUAUCUACUCAUAACAUCGUAAAGAUAGCCAUCGCUCAGAGAUUUUAAUGAAGAAAUAAAUGCGAAGGG